AUGAACCCACAGAUCACCAAUCUCGCCAUCAUGCUUGUCAUGAUGCAAGUGUCGCGCCGUAUCGAUUUGGAAGACCCCAGUAUCCUGCUUUACGUACGUAUUGCGUACUGCUCCAGUGUGGCGGUGGCGUGGAUCGUCUACCAACUAGCCAGAGCCCGGAUCGUCAAGAAGAACGACCUCACCACGCUGAAGUUCGUGGCUCCAGCCAACACCAUGGCUGGCGAAUCUGAGGGCAAAUUGCAGGUCACAACCGUCAGAGACUACGACUUGAAAGAACUUGACUCGGCCAUCAAAUCGAUUUACACCGGUCUGGCAAUGAUGGGAUUCAUGCACUUGUACAUGAAGUACACUAACCCAUUGCUAAUGCAAUCGAUCUCGCCCGUCAAGUCUGCUCUCGAGCACAACGAGGUCAAAAUCCAUCUGUUCGGCAAACCCGCCACAGGCGACCUAAAGAGACCCUUCACGGCCCCUUCGCUCUUCGGAGGCUUUGGUGCUGCUCCAGCCGCCAAGACAGACAAGAAAUCCAUCGAGGAGGCCGAAACUGCCGGUAAAGGUGGCGUUAAAGCUGAAUAG